AUGAUGCUACUUGGAAACUCUCCUGCGGAAAAUGUACCGAAUACCUCUCUUGUGGCACUAGCUAACACUUCAACAUCAGCUACAGCAGAGGACGACUGCGAAGAUAUGGACAUUGAUUUUUCUGAUGAUCUUCGGCAGUUACGAGGCAUUCAUUACGACCAGGAUGCAGUAUCAGUGGAUUCCAGCUAUGAGGAUUUAUUCAACGUAGCCGGUACUAGUCAAUUUUGUGUCGUGUUUGACACGUGUACUCUAAUCGACGAUCCAGAACUGAUAAAUGACUGCAUUGAAAGGCUUGUUCAUAUCGUUAUUCCUUAUCGAGUGUUUUAUGAGCUGGAUAAUAUGAAGAAGAUAUCGUCCACCUCACCGUCGGGUGUGCAGUUACGUUCAAGAGCAACUCGACUUGUACACAAGCUGCGAGAUCUGAGAUCAUCGCCGUUGGUUCACUGGGAAAGUUCAUCAGAG